AUGUCUAGAUUCAGAUGGCGUUGGCGUUCGGCAGAUAACGAGGAUGUCAGCGUAAAGAAUGCGCCUUUAUGGCCACAAAGUUAUGAAAGAACGUCGUCUACUCUCCUAGAGAGGGGUAUGUGGGGACGAACAAACAAUGAAAUAUACCUGAGGUGUACGGUGAUAGACGCCAAAGGGAACGUCAAGACUGUCUCUGGCAAAUUUAGGAAGAGCGAUUUAUGCGCUGAACACUCGCUUAACCCUAGAGAUUUACGCAAAGUUGAUUCACGUAUACCCAAUAUAGUUCCAACGAUCCUAGCACGUAAGGAAGCAUUCCUUAUAAACAUUCUCCAUGUUCGGGCUUUGGUUAAGAGUGAUGCAGUACUAUUAUUCGAUCCAAUAGGCAGCGUUGAUACGCGUUUACAGAGUGUUUUUCUAUACAACCUUGAACACAAUCUCCGGGAUGUACGUUCAGCAAUGCCUUACGAAUUUCGCGCAUUGGAGAGCAUUCUAUUGAGUAUAUCAGCUGCUCUCGAAUCAGAAAUGGACAUAACAACUCGCUUGGUAUCUGAUUUACUACUUGACUUAGAAGACGACAUAGAGCGCGAGAAGUUGAAAAAUUUACUUCACUACUCACGCAAAUUAUCCGGUUUGCGCAAUAGAGCAACGCUCGUACAUGAGGCUAUAGAAGAAGUUCUGAAAAAUGACGAAGAUCUCGCAUCGAUGUAUUUAACGGACAAGAAAGCCGGCCAACCACGACAAGAGCAUGAUCAUGACGAGCUUGAGAUGCUUCUCGAAAGUGCCUCCAAGCAGAUUGAGGAGAUUGUCACUGAAGCAGACGCCCUGGACGCUAAUGUGACAAGCACUCAGGAAAUUGUCGAGUUGAUUCUAGACAGUAACAGAAAUGCGCUUCUCGCACUAGAUUUAAAAGUUUCAAUAGCGACACUUGGAAUUGGCGCAGGUACUCUUUUUGCGGGAUUGUUCGGCAUGAAUUUGCAAUCACACCUCGAAGAAAACCCUUACGCGUUCUAUAGCGUUUCUGCAUUCACAGCUAUUCUCUCAGCAGGUGUCACCUUCGCUUGUUUAAGACGUUUGGCCAGGAUCAGACGGAUAAAGCUCGGUAUGAAAUCCCCAGACAGCAAUUAUAUGAAAAAACAUAUUAACAUCGAUAGAGGAAGCAUAUGGAAACGAUUGUAUAGCCAUGGAUGGCCUAUACUUAAGUAA